AUGCGUAUAUAUAUUCGAAAAUUAGCAUUUAUUGUUUGUGUCACAUUUUUUACCACUAUCAUCUUGUUAUCAGUGAUACGGAAAGAUGAAAGUUCCGAAUGGUUAAAAAGACAUCAAAAACUAAAUUUUCAACGACCAAUUCCACAUGUCGCUUAUGUGCAAGAACAAAAUAUUUAUAAGUAUAUGACUAAAGAUAGCGAUGUUUCUCGUUUUUUUGUACCACAUAUCAAUUGGACAUUGGCGAAACAGCUAGGUCAAUAUUUAUUUCAUUUAAAUAUUUCGGAAAUGAUUACAAAAGAAUGUCCGAAUAACGAAACUUUGCGACAGUUUUGGAAAAACAAGAAUGGAAAAAUUGUACCGGAAAGAGAUUCAUGGGAGAAAUUUUAUGCGGACAUUGGCAGUUGUGAUGUAUACAGGGAUGAAGAAGUUGUAGACAAUUUGUUAAAUGAUUUGACCAAAUUACCAUUGAAAUCUGUAGCUAUUAUGGAUGGUGGAACACAAGUUAAGCUUAUCUUCACAUUUGAAAAUGACCAGCAGGCGGUUUUUAAACCUAUGCGAUUCGGCCGUGAUUAUGAAUCCGAUCCGAAUCACUUUUACUUCAACGAUUUCGAACGUCAUAAUGCUGAAAUUGCAACAUUUCAUAUGGACAAAAUACUUGGCUUUCGACGUGCUGUACCAACUGUUGGUCGUAUUGUCAAUUUAACGUCUGAUUUACGUGAAAAAGCCGAAAAACGUUUGGCUAAGACAUUUUUCAUUUCACCAGCCAAAAAUUUAUGCUUUGUGAGCAAAUGCGAUUAUUACUGUGACACAUCUCAUGCCAUUUGUGGUACUCCAGAUACUAGGGAAGGGUCAGUACAAGUAUUCCUUCCAGAUGAAAAUAGUGUCCCCAGGAAGCAUAAUAGAUCACCUUACAGAAGAACAUAUUCGAAGAAGAACCAAAUAGCUGAAUGGCAACGAAAUAUGGACUAUUGUCAAGAAAACGUAAAAACAGCAAAACGUUAUGCUCACGGUCGAACGUUACUUGAUCUUGUUGACUUCCACGUGAUGGAUUAUCUGAUUGGCAAUCAAGAUCGACAUCAUUAUGAAGCAUUUUCUAUUUUUACGAAUGCUCCGUCUUAUGCAAUUCAUUUGGAUAAUGGAAGAGCAUUUGGCAGGACGGAUUUUGAUGACGAUGAUAUAUUGUUACCUCUAAAGCAGUGUUGUGUACUGAGAUCUUCAACUUUCUUUACACUAUUGAAAUACUAUCGUGAGCCCAUCUCACUAACAAAAGCGCUUCAUCAGUCGAUGUCGAAGGAUCCCUUGGCACCAAUAUUAGCAUAUAAGCAUUAUCCUGCCAUGGAAAGGAGAUUGCACAAUGUUAUGGUUUACAUCGAUAAAUGCGUCCGUGAAAAUUCCGUAGGUCCUGAAGGCGUCAUAAUGGCAGAGUAUCAUAAUAAUGUUUGUUUAAUUUCUAUUUUAAAUAUAUGA